CCCUAUAUUAAAAGAUCCCGUGGAAACCAAAUCAUUGCUUAAAGCUCCUAUUCUUGAAGAAGAAGAAGAUGAGAGUAGAUGGGUAACAAGUUCCAAUCAGAAGAGGAAGCAGGUGGGUGCAGGUUCAUUCCAUAAAACAAGCUCAGCCGAUUACUCCGCUAUGUCUCAAGGAGGUUCAAGCUCUCAUAACCAAUCUACAAAGGACAAGUACGGAUUCAUCUCUGAUAACUUCUCAACUUUUCCCCAGGUUACAGCAGCUUUAAGAGAGUCUGGACUAGAAUCAUCUAACCUCAUAAUUGGAAUCGAUUUCACCAAAAGCAAUGAAUGGACAGGCCAAGUAUCGUUCAAUCGCCGGAGUCUGCAUGCACUGGGUGAUACACCAAAUCCAUACGAGAAAGCCAUCUCCAUAAUCGGGAAGACCCUGGCUCCGUUCGACGACGACAAUCUGAUACCUUGCUUAGGCUUUGGCGAUGCAACCACGCAUGAUUCACAAGUGUUCAGCUUUCACACUGAUCACUCAUCUUGCCAUGGCUUCGAAGAAGUCUUGGAUUGUUACAAGAAGAUUGUUCCAAACUUGAGACUAUCAGGGCCAACUUCAUACGCACCAGUAAUUGAUUCUGCCAUCGACAUUGUGGAAAACAGUGGCGGCCAAUUCCAUGUGUUGGUUAUCAUUGCAGAUGGGCAGGUCACACGAAGUGUUAAUACGAGUGACGGAGAGCUGAGUCCACAGGAAGAGAAAACAAUCAACUCAAUUGUUGAUGCGAGCUCAUACCCACUGUCGAUUAUCCUCGUUGGCGUGGGUGAUGGACCUUGGGAUGAUAUGAAGAAAUUUGAUGAUAAGAUCCCUGCGCGCGGCUUCGACAAUUUCCAGUUCGUCAACUUCACUGAGAUUAUGUCGAAGAAUACAAGUUCGGAAGAGAAAGAAACAGCUUUUGCUCUGGCUGCACUCAUGGAGAUCCCUUUCCAAUACAAAGCAGUGAUGGAACUUGGUAUUCUUGGACAACGAACUGGUAAAGCAAAGAAAGUGAUUCCACGUCCUCCUCCGGUUUCCUAUCGGCCAACUGCUCGGCCAGAGGCGCCUGUUGCAACCAAUGUCUCAUCCACGCCUGCAUUGGAUGAGCAAACUCAGGCAUGCCCAAUCUGCCUUACCAAAGCCAAGGACUUGGCCUUUGGCUGUGGACAUAUGACUUGCAGGGAAUGUGGGUCAAAGGUGUCCAACUGUCCAAUAUGCCGACAAAGGAUUACUAAUCGUCUCAGGUUGUUUACUUGAUUUCCGUAUUAUUAUGACUUUUAUGUACAGACAAUGUACGUAGUUAAGGGAAGAUUUAUGUAUGUUAAUGCAUUUUGAAAAUACUAAUUUGUACAAAGUAUUGAAAGCAUUGGUUUGAAGAA